GCCGCGCGACUCAAACGGCAGCGGAUAUCUCUAACUAAAAAUUCCGGAAAAGUAUUCCCUAGAAUUUAAAUAUACCAAAAUACAUUCCUGAAAAUCUAUACAUAUCCCGAGUGCUGCCUGGUUCUCAGUUUUCAAUAAUCAAGUCAAAGGAUUUCGGUAAAUCCCCCAUCGUUUCGGUUGUUGUUUUGAUUCUCGGUGUCAUUAACCCCAUCACGCAGUGCCGUCUAAAUUUGUUUUUGUUUUUCCAACCCCAUGCCACGAAAAUAAAAAUAAAAACAAAGCACUUUAUCAGGAUUUUCGGGUGUAGUUACCAGAGAGGAGACCGAAAUUGAAAUCAAGGAUCCAGGAUGCCACAGCAGGCGCAGCUGAAACACAUCCACGGACAUGGCCGAUUGCCCAGAGUGAUAGCCACUGAUAGCAGCAGACCUUGGACCAUGAACUCCUCAAGCGGCGAUGAUGAGGCGCCAAAGGAUCCGCGCACUGGCGGCGAGGAUUUUACGCAACAAUUUACAGAAAAUGAUUUCGAGGGACAUCGGGCCCACACCGUUUAUGUGGGCGUCCAUGUGCCAGGAGGACGACGCCACUCGCAGCGCCGGCGCAAGCACCACCACAGCGGCCCCGGAGGGGGUGGCACGGGGGGCAGUGUGGGUGGUGGUGGCUCCCUCGGCGGAUCCGGAAGUGUGGGCGGUGGUGCGGGCAAGGACAACGUCAGCGAGAAGCAACAGGAAGUGGAGCGACCAGUGACUCCCCCGGCCCAGCGCGUUCAGUUCAUACUCGGCGAAGAUGUGGACGACGGCACACAUGUAUCCCAUCCCCUGUUUUCCGAAAUGGGGAUGCUGGUGAAGGAGGGCGACGAGAUCGAGUGGAAGGAGACGGCUCGAUGGAUCAAAUUCGAGGAGGAUGUGGAGGAGGGUGGCAAUCGGUGGUCGAAGCCCCACGUGGCCACCCUCUCCCUUCACUCCCUGUUCGAGCUGCGUCGCCUGCUGGUCAACGGAAGCGUUAUGCUGGACAUGGAGGCCCACAAUCUGGAGGUGAUGGCCGAUCUGGUCUGCGACCACAUGGUCAGCGCGGGAACCCUGCCGACCGGGGUCAAGGACAAGGUCAAGGAUGCCCUCCUGCGACGUCAUCGUCAUCAGCACGAGUAUGCCAAAAAGACGCGACUGCCGAUUAUACGAUCCCUGGCCGAUAUGCGCAAUCAUUCGUCAUCGAAAACUGACACUUCAACCCACCUGGGGGCCAUUGGGGUCACCACAUGGUUCCAUGCCGGGGCAUCACCCCAACAUCAGGCCCAAAAUCAAGGACAACCGCAAUCUCAAACCAUGCCAAUUGAAGAGCACUCUGGCAACACAUUGGGGGCCACAACUCCGAUUUCCCUAACGGCCAGCGAACCGGGACCGCCCGGAACCAAUGGAAACCCAAGUCUUAGCACCGCUGCCAGCGGCAUGGGUCGCUUCCUAACGGUGCCCAGUGGAAAACCCAGCAACAGAACGCUCGAGGACAUGGUCAAGAGCCCGAGCAACCAGUCAAUGGCACGGCCAGGAAGUGGAUCCGAGCUCAGCGAGCAGCAGCACAAGGGCAACACCCACUUCAUGAGAAAGAUCCCACCGGGCGCCGAGGCCAGCAACAUCCUCGUGGGCGAGGUGGACUUCCUGGAGCGAACUCUAUCCUGCUUCAUCCGCCUGAGUCAGGCGGUGGUCCUGGGCGAUCUCACUGAGGUGCCCGUACCCACAAGAUUCGUCUUCAUCCUGCUUGGUCCGCCCGGCAGUCAGAGCAACUUCCACGAGAUCGGCCGUGCAAUGGCCACCCUGAUGUCCGACGAGAUCUUCCACGAGGUAGCGUACCGAGCCCGCAAGCGGGAUCACCUGCUAUCCGGCGUGGACGAGUUCCUUGAUGCGGUAACCGUGCUGCCGCCGGGCGAAUGGGAUCCCACCAUUCGGAUUGAGCCACCGGCGGCCAUUCCCUCCCAGGAGGUGCGCAAGCGUCCCCCAGAGUUGCCCAAGGAGGAGGUGGACGAGGAGGAGGAGGAGGCGCGCCUGAGGGAGGAGAACGGUCUGUCCCGGACGGGGCGACUCUUCGGAGGCCUCAUUAACGACAUCAAGAGGAAGGCACCCUGGUACCUUAGCGACUACAAGGACUCCCUGUCCAUGCAGUGUGUGGCCUCCUGGAUCUUCCUGUACUUCGCCUGCCUGUCCCCGAUCAUUACGUUCGGCGGUCUUCUGGCGGAGGCCACUGGCAAGCACAUGGCUGCGAUGGAGUCCCUGGUGUCCGGGUUCGUUUGUGGCAUGGGCUAUGGUUUCUUUUCGGGUCAGCCGCUGACAAUUCUCGGGUCCACCGGUCCAGUCCUGGUCUUCGAGUCAAUUAUCUACGAGUUCUGUCUGAAGAUGGGCUGGGAAUAUAUGACCUUCCGGUUCUGGAUCGGCAUGUGGGUUGCCGGCAUUUGUAUCGUCCUGACCGCGAUUGAUGCCAGUGCCCUCGUCUGCUACAUCACCCGUUUCACCGAGGAAAAUUUUGCCACCCUGAUCGCGUUCAUCUUUAUCUACAAGGCCAUUGAGAAUGUGAUGGUUAUCGGUAAGAACUUUCCGGUCAAUCAGGGGAUAUACGACUGUGUCUGUACACCGCCAAUCGGGAGCAAUGCCAGUGUUAUCGAGUAUGCCAAAUACAAUUGGGACUAUUGUGAGUCCUACAAUGGCACCUUGGUUGGUGGUGACUGCGGCAGCCCGCCCACCGAAAACGUAUUCCUUAUGUCGGUGGUUCUCUGCGCCGGCACCUUCCUCAUUUCCACCGUUUUGAAGGAGUUCAAGAACGCCCUUUUCUUCCCCUCGAUCGUUCGCCAGUACAUUAGCGAUUUCUCCGUGCUGAUCGCUAUUUUCGCCAUGAGUUUCUUCGACUAUUCGCUGGGUGUGCCCACCCAGAAACUGGAGGUUCCCAACGAGUUGAAGCCAACGCUUAGUACCAGGGGCUGGCUCAUUCCGCCAUUCUCCGAGAAGAACCCCUGGUGGUCGCCGAUAAUUGCCGUCUUUCCCGCCCUGCUCGGAACCAUCCUAAUCUUCAUGGACCAACAGAUCACGGCCGUAAUUGUGAAUCGCAAAGAGAACAAACUGAAGAAGGGCUGUGGCUACCAUCUGGAUCUGUUCAUCCUCUCGAUUCUGAUCGCCAUUUGCAGCGUAAUGGGUCUACCUUGGUUCGUGGCUGCCACCGUACUGAGCAUCAACCACGUGAACUCGCUGAAACUGGAAUCGGAGUGCUCGGCCCCUGGCGAGAAGCCACAGUUCCUGGGAGUGCGCGAGCAGCGGGUGACCCACAUUUUGAUCUUCCUGACCAUCGGCGGCUCCGUGCUGCUAACCCCGCUGCUCCGUCACAUUCCCAUGCCAGUACUGUUCGGCGUCUUUCUUUAUAUGGGCGUGGCCUCGCUCAAGGGUCUGCAGUUCUUCGAUCGCAUACUUAUCAUGUUCAUGCCGGCCAAGUACCAGCCGGACUAUAUGUUCCUGCGCCAGGUUCCCAUCAAACGCGUCCACCUGUUCACCAUUAUUCAGCUGGCCUGUCUUAUUAUUCUGUGGCUGAUCAAGUCCUUCUCGCAGACGUCGAUUCUGUUUCCCCUGAUGCUGGUGGUGAUGAUAGGUAUACGAAAGGCCCUGGAUCUGGUAUUCACUCGUCGCGAGCUGAAGAUUCUGGACGACAUAAUGCCGGAGAUGACGAAGCGGGCGGCGGCAGAUGACCUCCACAAACUGGACGCUGAGGACAUCACCAUUAAUCAGCAUCACCCGAGUUCCGGUUCCGGGGCCAACUACAAUGCCGAUAAGUCGGGUCCCACCACCAUUCACAUUCCCCUAUCGGGAAACAAGCCCGGAAACAAUGGACCCACACUGAACAUUCCCCAGGAGGCUGUCAACCGCACCACAGUCUGGCAGCAGAUAAACAAGGAUGGCAAUGGGAUCUCGGAGCAACUGAUCAUUCCGGUCACCCUCAAAGUCCGCCAGAUCAAUGGCAACCAUGCCCCCCCGAGUGCCGCCCUCUCGCCACGCCUCUCGCCCAUGCACGAGGCGGAUGAGUACAGUGAGGCCCCGACAAACAGUCCGGGGCAUCCCACGGGAACUCAGCAGCAGCAGCAUCAUCAACAACAGCAACAGCAGAUCAGCAAUUGCAAGGAGGCGGCUGCCAAACUCGAAGGAUCCUCCUUGACCAACAGCCAGAUCAGUCCGGCCAACAUAACACCCGUCUAAAGAUACCGAAAACGUCGAAGGAUUUAAAGCGAACAAAGCACAAAGAACACAAACAUCUAUGUAUCUCUAGUUGGUCAUUCAUAGCCGUAUCAUAAUCUCUAUUUACUAUAUAUCGUAGUAGUUAGUUAUCCCAGGGGACGUUUUUUUGGUAACGUUUUUUAGCUGUGCCAGUAGAGGGGUAAAUCUUUUGAUCUGGGGCUCAGGGGCAAGAUAUACAAGUAUUACUUAUAUGAUAAAAAAUUACGAUAUUCUGUAGAGAACAAAAGCAUUCCAAAUAUACACUUUUGAAACGAAUUUUAUAGAGUCAAUUUCAUCGCGGAAGGAGCAAAGAAGCCAAAGCCACAGAAACAGAAACAGAAACCAUCGGAUCUCCGGUGUUUGUCCAAUUUUUCUACUAUAUUCCCCACUUUGACUUGGUUAGCUAAAGCGAAUUGUGUGUUUUAUGGGGCUCAUUUAUCGAACUGUGAUCUGAUGGGUAUAUCUUGGGGAGGGAGGGUUGUAUAAGAAGCGUAUCAUUUAGCCUAGCCAAGACAAAGCUGUAAACAAUUGUAUUAUAUUUUAUGCCUCAAACUAAGUUCUACACAAAAAUACACGCAUCCCAUCCGACACACCCGAAAGAAAAAGUAAAAUAUAUAAAAUAUAGACAACUAUAAAUAUUGAAUAAAAAGUGGCGAACCAUUAAUGAGCCACAUGCUAACUGCAAAAACAAAAA